CGUGUACAAGCGAGUGGGAUCCUCCUCUGUUGGCAGUGAGCGACAGAGUGAGACAGUGAUGGAUUCUGGAAGCGACAAGGGGGAGAAAGAUGCGGAGGUGAUCGUCUUGUCUGAAUCGUUCGACAGAAUCGACUCUGAGAAAGUACAAAAAUCAUCAGCGAGAGGAGCAUGGGGUUCACAGAUUGAGUACCUCUUGUCUGUUAUCGGCUACUGUGUUGGACUUGGAAACCUGUGGCGGUUUCCUUAUAUCUGCAAUAGAAACGGAGGAGGAGCCUUCCUCAUCCCAUUCAUUGUGUGUCUGGUGCUGUGUGGCCUUCCUCUGUUCUUCCUGGAGGUCGCAGUGGGACAGUUUUCUGGAAAGAGUGCAACCCAUGUGUGGAGCGUGUGUCCCCUAAUGAAAGGUGUUGGGAUCGGGAUGCUGAUUAUGUCUGCCGGCACCGUCGUGUACUACACGACCAUCUGCGCGUGGGCACUGUACUACGCCGUCUUCUCUUGUCGAGCUGUCCUUCCCUGGACGGACUGUGGCAACUCGUGGAACACUGGCGUCUGUGUGAGAAGCCUUCAAGUCAUGUCCCAAGGGCGAACUGAAGUCAGCAACUCUACAGUGUUAAAUGGGACGGAUAUGAGCUCGACCCUAACAGAGUACAUCAACAGUACCGGCACUUACAGAUGGGGAACCAAUGACAGCCUGGCCCACACGGCGGCAGAGGAGUUCUGGCAGUAUAAAGUCCUCGGUAUCAGUGGAGGUCUGGAGCAGCUGGGCAGCAUCAAGUGGGAGCUGGCGCUGUGUCUCUUGGCAUCCUGGAUACUCAUCUUCGGAUGCAUUGUAAAGGGCGUCAGGUCAGUCGGGAAGGCUGUCUACAUGACUGCCACACUUCCCUACAUCAUCCUCACCAUCCUGCUUGUCAAAGGCUUGACGUUACCUGGAGGACCUUCAGGCGCCAUGUUCUACCUUACUCCGGACUUCAGCAAACUGCUGGGAAUACAGGUGUGGCUGGAGGCCUGUCUCCAGGUGUUUUACUCGCUCAGCCCAGCAUGGGGAGGUCUCAUCACCAUGGCAAGCUACAACGGGUUCAACACCAACUGUCUCAGGAAUGCCGUCAUCUGUACGUUUGUGAGUGAGGGAACAAGCAUGUUUGCAGGCCUGGUUGUUUUCUCCAUCCUGGGCUUCAUGGCGCAGGAGGCUAACAUCCCCAUCGGGGAUGUCGUCUCCUCGGGGCCAGGACUUGGAUUUGUGAUCUACCCAGAAGCAUUGGCUCAACUUCCGCUUCCACAACUCUGGAGUUUCAUUUUCUUCUUUAUGCUGAUUUUGUUGGGGCUUGACACUUUGUUCUCUAUGGUGGAAACCGUGAUAUCGGCCAUUUUGGAUGAGUUCCCCUGGCUGCUGAAAUGGCGAGUCGUCGUUACCCUUGGAUACUGUGUUCUGUCCUUUCUGCCGGGGCUACUGUUCACCACUGAGGGUGGAAUAUAUAUUUUACAGCUGAUUGACUGGUACUUCGUCGUCAUAUUCCUAAUCGUCGAUGGGUUUCUGGAGUGCAUCAUUCUCGGCUGGAUAUAUGGUGUUGAUCGUCUGAGUGCAGACAUUGAACUGAUGCUUGGAAGACCUGCUCCGUUGUUCUUCAAGAUAACCUGGUGUUACAUCACACCGGCAAUGCUCCUGGUGACAUUUAUUUUCACCCUGGCUCAGUACCAGUCACCGACAUACGGGAAAUACGUCUACCCCGACUACGCUGCCACCAUCGGUUGGUGUGCGGCAAGCGUCCCGAGAAUUCCAUUGGUAGUGAUGAUGUUCAAGGCCAUCUACAAGGAGGAAGGGAGUCUGCUGCAGAGAUUCCAGAAGUCCUUGAAACCUGACAGCUCCUGGGGUCCAUCCAAGUCAUCUCUUAAAGAAUUUUACGUCGAUAAAAACAACAAAGCCACAACUCUGAGAGAGACUUUCAUUUCAUCAGUGUCUUGUAGAUCUUAGAUACAUGUCUAUG